AUGGUUGAAGUCUCUCUUACUGUGGGAAAGCUGGAUGCUUCCCUUGCUCUGUUACUCACAAAGGACCAUCAUCUGAUUGAAUUCCCGACGAUCCUGCUUCCGGAUGGUGUUAACGCAGGCUCUGUUGUUACCAUCAAGUGCGAACAAGACCUUGAACAAGAGAAGGAGGAGAAGCGGAUAUUCCAAGAGACCCAGGACAAGAUCCUGGAAUUGUUCGGUACCAAUGAACCAAAGGCUCCGGUUCUGAAGCUGAAGAACGUCACGCAGACAAGCGCUGUGCUGGAAUGGGAUCCUGUUGAUUUGGGGUCGGCCUCGAUCAAGUCGCUCAGCUUGUACAAGAAUGGCUCCAGGUUGGGUCAAAUCCCCAACCCAUUGGUUACCACUACUACGAAGCUGUCUGGUUUGCAGAUCGAUGCUGGCUAUGAGUUCCAUUUGAGACUUUCCACCACCGCUGGUGUCUAUGAGAGUGAACAUCUCGAAGUUCAGACCCACAAAAUGACAGAUUUGAGCGGUAUAACCGUGUGUAUCGGCCAGAUCGAUCCAAAGGAGGGAGUCACACUCGAAGAUAUUGAGCACUCGUUGAAGACUAUUGGAGCCAAGCCUUCACAGACCGAGGUGAAAGUUGAUACGACACAUUUCGUCACAACCGUAGGAGUCGGUGAACAAUGGCAAAAGGCUACUGAUUCCAACAUCCCUGUGGUUAGACCAGAAUGGUUGAAAGCGUGUGAAACUGAGAGAAGAAUCGUUGGUGUUAGAAACUUCUACUUGAACGCUGAUCCAAGGUUCUUAGAAACUUACAAAUCAACCACUGGAAGCACACCUACAAGCACUAGUGCUGAACCAACCGACACAGUUGCGGCAACCACACAUGACGAAGAGACGCAUGUACCAGCAGAGACACAGUCUCACGAGACAGAUGUACUGGAACAAGGAUCUAUCGAACACACUGCUGUGCCUGUUGAAUCUGAAAUUGAUGAAGUUGUAGAAUCUGCUGAGGAAGAAGAAGCCACGGUGAAGGAAAACGCUGAGGCUGUUGAACCAAAUACAGAAGCAUCUGAACCAGCAAAUGGAGAUGUUGAUGAGUCAAAUGAUAAAUCACCUACUGAGCCUACUGAGCCUACCAAUACAACCGAUACAAUUGAUACAUCUCAUGAAGCUGAGACAGCUCACGAGUCAACGGAAGCUGCUGAGCCUGCAGACUCUUCCAAAAUUGUGGACGAGUCGGUUGACGUAAGUGAUGAACCUGUUAAUGCUAGUGAAACUGCUGAAGCCACCGUAUCUGAAUCGGUAGAUACUACAACUGAGCCAAGCGAAGACACACAGGUCGGAGAUGAUAAGCCUACAGAGGAAGAAACACAAGAUGAUAAAUUUGACGAUGUUGAUAUCAACUCUAACGCCAACGAGGAAGAAGAACAAGAUGAUCAAGCUGAUAAAGCAGAUGAAGGACAAGUACAAACCAAUGUGACCAAACCAACAACAGGCUCGAAUAAUUCAAAAAAGAAGAACAAGAAUAAGAGGAAGGUCUUCUCCACUACCCCUUGUUCUCUUGCAGGACAUUCGAAAUGGGCAAACAUCAAGCACGACAAGGCUAGAAACGAUGCACAGAAGAACAAGAUCGCCAACAAGUUUGCGAAUGCCAUCGCAGUCGCUGCGAAGCUUGGUGGUCCUGAUCCUUCAAAGAACGUUAGGCUCUCUGCAGCAGUGGAGGCUGCGUCAAAGGCCAACGUUGUGAAGAAAGUGAUUGAAAACGCCAUAAGAAGAGGUGCCGGUCUUGGUUCCGACGCUGCGAAGGAAAACGUUGAAACCGCUGUUUAUGAAGGUGUUGGUCCAGGCAAUGUGUCGUUUGUCGUUGAGGCACUGACCGAUAACAAGAAGAGGACAUUUAGCGACGUUAGAGCGGCGUUCUCCAAAUACGGUGGAAACCUAUCUCCAACGCUGUUCCAGUUCGAUAGAAAGGGUUACAUCGUUAUCGAUCCGAAGGAGGAUGACUUCGACACCGUCUUUGAGAAGAUUGUCGAUCUCGGAGCUGAUGACAUUGAAGAGGUCGAAGGUGAGGAUCGGAUGAACUUUGAAGUCAUCACAGAAGCCGGCGACACUGGAAGAAUCGCAUCUGAGUUGAAGAAGGACUACACAAUCAAAGAAGUGGGCAUUGCGUACCUCCCAAAGGACGAUGCCAUUGUUGAAAUCGCUGAUGAACUUGUCAAGGAAAAGUACGACAAGUUUGUCCAAAUGCUUGACGACCUUGAAGACGUUACAGACUACUACACAACGCUACAAGAGUAA